UCCAAAGCGUAAACAUUCAGUUCGCGGGUUCUUUUGUUUCUUCAAUAGGUUGCGUGAACUUCACGCUGAUGUCUUUCUACAAACAGAGGUUUCUCCAUAGCUUCGCGCUCGUUAGCUUUGCAUGCAUUUAUAACGGUUUGGUGUCUGGACAUGGCAUGAUGUUGGAUCCGCCGGGUCGUUCUUCCCGCUGGCGCUACAAUUCUUCAGCGCCCACCAACUAUGAUGAUAAUGGAUUGAAUUGCGGUGGUAUGACGGUGCAAUGGGAAGAAAACGAUGGUAAAUGUGGACUUUGCGGUGAUAAUUAUGCAAUGUCCAUGCCGCGAGCAAACGAAAUCGGCGGUCAUUAUGGUGGUUCGGGUGUGAUAACCAAAGAAUAUCGUGACUCCUAUACAGCUAGUGUGGGUGUGCGCAUCACCACUAAUCACUUGGGCUACUUCCAUUUUGAUCUUUGCAAUCUGAGUGAAUUUGGUGACGAGUCCGAAAACUGUUUCGCAAAGUAUUCACUACGUUUUGUAGAUGGCUCUAAUCGUCUUUAUAUUGGUAGCACAGGAGGCUUGAUUGUUGCAGACCUCGUUUGGCCCGAACAAUUGAAUUGCGAGCAUUGUGUGCUGCGUUGGACUUAUACCGGUGGCAAUAACUGGGGUCCUUGUGGAAAUGGUACAGGCGCUUUGGGUUGUGGACCGCAGGAAACCUUUGUUAAUUGCGCAGAUAUUAGUAUUGCUUUCCCAACUACAGACCCUCCAAAUGUCUACCGUACGGAUGUGCAUACAGUGGAGGGCAAUGUCAACGAUGAGGUACCUGAUUAUGGCUAAAUAAAUGGAAAUCAGGACUAAGUACUCGUAUGUCCUGCCAAAAGUUCUGUUACAAGUUCAGAUCGUUACAAAAA